GUGAUCCACUCUCGAAUUCAGAUCACUGUGUUGUACGAGUCUUACCGAAAAUUUACGGAAGGUUACACACUAAAGCCUUCUCAAACUUGUCUUAGAAAGUUGUUCACAGAUAUUGCUCAAAUGAGAACGUACAUCACCUUAGAAAUAUGCUCAGUGACACAAAAUGGGAUCUGUUUAUUAAUGAUUCACUCGAUGACACUAUCUCUAAUAUUACAUCCUAUCUGAAAUUCUAUUUUCAAAUCUGCUGUCCAAGAGAAACACUAUUCGUCAAAUUUGACAGUUUCUCCUCGACUCGACUUAAAAAGCUUCGUAGGGAGAAGGAAAAACUGUAUAAGAUGAAAGAUAAAAGUGGUGUAAAAAGAACUAACUUCUUAAUCAAGUCUGAAAUGCAGAGGUUGAAUGUAAUAUAUAACCAGAAAUUCAUAUCCUGCAAAAGUCCUUUUAAUAUGUGGAAACUAUUUAAGGAAAUCACUGGUGGUAAGCAGAUAAACAAUAUUCCAUAUUCUUUUGAUGCAUGUUCUCUUAACAAAUCUUUCAUUUAAUCUCCCUCAAAUGUCAUGCUUCCCAGCAUCACUAGUGUUAAUAAUAGCCCAUUUCCAGGUUUUAACACAAAUGAUGUUCAAAAGUGCCCGA